AUGUCGUUGUCAUUAUUGAAAACUUUACAGCAACCAUCGUAUCCAAUGACAAGCGAGGAUCUGCUAAUCAUGUGUCUCAAUCCGGCACUUAAGCUACCUACGACAUCUCAGACGACAAAAUUCUCCAUCGAGCAGACGAUGCGGUUAUGGGCUGCUGAUCCUGCCGUACAAUGUGAAUCCCACUCACCGUCGGCUACAAGCGGUGGCAGCCAUACAACAGACAUUGAGAAGGUUAAGGAAACUUUGGUAGAGUUCAUGCUGUGGAAGACUGCGCUCACUGUGGGAUUUCUUUUUUUGACGAAACAAUGCAUCUCCUUCACAAAGGCUUGCACACGGAAGGAGACCCCUGGAGGUGUAAUUUGUGUGGCACUCAGUGUAUGGAAAAAUACAUGUUCACGACGCACAUCAUCUUUGCUACUCACUCCACAUAGAAGAAUAGUUGAACGCUCUGGUACAUAA